AUGGAUGAAAAUAAGACAUCUAUACCUAAACUUCUUUGGAAAUGUUUUGGCAGACAAUAUCUUUUAAUAAUAUUCAGCUUGGUCAUCCCUGUGACAAUAACGUUCUUGCAACCAAAGAUACUAAAAAAAUUCAUAUCAUAUUAUACACCAGGGCACAACAAUCUAAGCAGAACUGAUGCGAGCAUAUAUGGACUAUUGUUGAUCGUAGUUACGGUUAUAAGACGACUGCACCUACACAACUUUUUUCUAAGGGUUUCAGAAUUUGGGAUGAAAAUGCGUGCUGGAUUCACAUCUUUAAUCUACAGGCAACUUUUAAGAAUGAACCCAUCAGUAGUUCAAAGUGGCAAGAUGAUAAAUCUGAUAACCACUGAUAGUGAUGAAUCAUUCGUGGAAGACAAUAAGCUUUCACCAAGAAUUCAAAUAAAUUUACAGAUUCAUACUGCACAUAACUACACACUAAUAAAUUUGAAAAAGUGUAACAUUGCAGGAGGAAUAACAGCAGUAACAGGACCCAUUGGGAGCGGCAAAAGUCUUCUGCUGAAGGUACUCACAAAACAAUACAAAAAUGUAACAGGCGAUUUAGAAAUCGUCGGUAGCAUUUCUUACGCAUCACAAGAACCUUGGCUUUUUCCAUCGACCAUCAAACAGAACAUCUUAUUUGGAAGUGGUUACGACGAAAAUCGUUACUUAGAAGUUUUACGAGUUUGUGCUCUACUUGAUGACCUAAUUUCUUUAAGCGAUGGUGAUUCUGCUCUUGUAACUGACGGAGGAGCUAAUCUAAGUAAAGGACAACAAGCUAGAAUAAAUUUAGCGCGGGCUGUUUAUAAAGAACGUGAUAUAUAUUUAUUAGAUGAUUGCCUGGCUAGCUUGGAUGCAAUUGUUGCAGAUUUUGUAUUUGAGGAGUGCAUUAAAAAAUUUUUGAAAGACAAAAUAGUGAUCUUGGUUACUCCAUCCGUAAAGUACGCCUAUAGGUCAGACAACGUCAUAACAAUGAAAAAUGGUAAAAUGCAAAACUCGCACCCUAUCCAAUGUAACAUCCCAAAAGGCACGGAAACUAAAAGUAUGAAAUAUAUUGAAAAAAAUAAAGCGAAGAGCGAAGAAAAAAAGUCAACUGCGGAAGAAAACUUUCACGAUGAAACUCCACUGAUUAAAAACAACACAGAGAUCAAAGAACUAUACACAGAAACGAAAAUAAAAGGAAAGGUUCAGUUCGAAGCGUACAAAAAAUAUAUUAAAGAAAACGGAGCACGAAGUCCUUUAAUUGGGUACAUCAAUGCUACUUUAGACGGACUGACCACCAUAAGGACCUCAAGAAUUCAAGAUACAAUGCGAAAAGAAUUUGAUCAACAUCAAGAUUUGCAUACUUCCUGUUCCUACAUGUACACAUGUUGUGAGCAUGCAUAUCACAUGAUGCUAGCAGCCAACGAAAUAAUUCUCAUGACUUUCGCAAUUAUCCUUUUUUUAGCACUAGAUGACAAAAUGUCAGCAGGAAAAGUUGGACUUGUUAUGUCGCAAAUAUUUAGUUUGUCAACUUCAGAGUAUAUAUUUUAUCGUAUGAUCACUAGAUUUGAAAAUCAAAUGAUAACAGUAGAAAGAAUUUUGGAGUACACUAAACAAAAACAAGAAAGCAAAGAUGGUUUAGUAAUCGAACAUUGGCCAAAGGAAUGUGAAAUACGCUUCAAAGACGUGUCCCUUUCUUACAAGAGCGACCAAGACCAUGUUUUGAAACAUUUAAAUUUUGCCAUAAAAAAUAGACAAAAAGUUGCCAUCGUCGGUAGGACUGGUUCAGGAAAAACAUCAAUGAUUUCUACGCUCGUCCGACUUUACGAUUUCGAAGGAACCAUUUUUAUUGACAACGUAGACAUCAAAACACUUCCAGUGGAUUUCCUCAGGUCAAAAAUAUCUGUAGUUCCUCAAGAGCCUACUAUCUUUUCGGGAACGUUACGUGAAAAUAUUGAUCCUAGAGGACAAUAUUCAGACGAUGAUAUUUGGAAAGCUAUUUCAAACGUGAAUUUAUCACUCUUUCAAAACUUGGAUGAGAAAAUUGACAAUAAUUUAAGCACUUGUCAAAAACAACUUGUUUGUGUGUGUAGAGCUCUCGUUCAGUGUAACAAAAUUGUAAUUUUAGACGAAAGUAGUGCCAGUGUAGAUUCCGAUACUGAAGCGUUGUUACAAAAAAUAAUAACGGAAAAUUUUGCCGAAUGUACCGUCAUUGCAAUUAUGCACAAAUUGCGUUACAUUUUAGAAUUUGACCUAGUAUUAGUUGUAGAUAAGGGCGAGAUUAUCGAGUCUGGUGAUCCUUCUAGCCUGCUGAGUAAAAAAAAUGGCGUGCUUAGCAACUUGUUUAAGAAACAAUGA